AUGUUCUCCCGCACAGCACUUAGGGCCGCUCGUCCUAGAGGCCUUGCAACCAGCAUGCGCUUGAGUGAAGCCAAAAGUGAUAAGUUCCUUACGCCAAAGGAAUUCAUACAGAAGAAGGUGUCGGAGGAUGCUGAACAGCAGCAGUUUGUCUCCAGCAUGUUGAAAGAGCAGUUCGACUACGCUCCUAAACUUAUAAAGGAAGACACAGUGGAUGCCAUUUCUAAGAGACCUGUUCCACUCAAUGUGGAGUUGUUGCAGUACAAGCCUUUGCGUGUACCAAAGACUCACGGGCAUAAGGUGGCUCAGUUGAAGUUCAGAAGUUAUGAGGAGGAAGACAUCAUCCGUGCAUCUGAGUUUGCUGCUCGUGCAGCAUAUUUCUUAGGCAUUCCUUGUGACCUGGUGAAGACGUUAAAGACCGAGAAGAGAUUGUAUACUGUGAUCAGAUCACCAUUCGCUCAAGCCAAGUCCAAGGAGAAUUUCCACCGUGUGACAUACAAUCGUGGAUUGGCUGCCUAUGAUGCCAACCCAGAGGUUUUGGACUUGUGGUUGUCCUACAUUAACAAGCAUUCUUUCGAGAAGGUCAAAUACACUGCACAGAUCCACACUAGAGAGUCUCUUGACUUUGCAGAUAAAUUGGCCAACUUAGGAGUUGACGACAUGAAGUUGCCUGAGGCUUACAGUUCAGACUCGUCGGAUCCUGUGGCUGCCAAGGUUGAAGAGUUGUUGAAGUCUGACACUUUCAAAAGUUUCCUUGAGGAGAAGAAGUAG